AUGCAGCCUCCUCGGAACCCCAAAGAAGUCCAAAAGCUCACCAGCAUGAUCACCGCCUUGAACCAUUUUAUCUCUCGCUCGGCGGACAGGUGUAAACCUUUCUUCCUCUUAUUAAACAAGUGGAAAGGGUUCGAGUGGAUUGAAGAAUGCGCCUUAGCCUUCCAGCAGCUUAAGGAGUAUCUGUCUCGGCCGCCAAUCAUGUCCAGUCCUGAAGCCGACGAGGUUCUAUUCGCCUACAUUGCUGUGGCCCCUCACGCAGUGAGCCUAGUGCUGAUCCGGGAGGACAAUGGCACACAACGGCUUGUCUACUACGUGAGAAAGUCGUUGCAUGAAGCAGAAAUCCGUUACCUCCCCCUGGAAAAAGUCGUCUUGGCAAUCGUACAAGCCAUGCGAAAGCUUCCCCACUAUUUCCAGGCACACACCAUUGUUGUAUUAACCCAACUCCUGCUUAGAUCAAUACUCCGGAGUACCGAUUACAUAGGAAGAAUAGCUAAGUGGGGGACCAUUCUUGGCGCCUUCGACAUUAGAUACAUGCCCCGCACCGCUGUAAAGGGCCAAGUCCUCGCAGAUCUGGUAGCUGAGUUUGCCGAGCCCUCACCAGAAGAAAGGGGAGGAGCACUGAGCACAGACGAAAAACUGGUCGGCACAGUCUCUCAGCAAGAGCCCAUUUGUUGGAAAGCAUACGUUGACGGCACGGCCAAUCAAAGAGACUCUGGGGUGGAGCUCGUCCUGAUUUCUCCCGAGGGGAAUACCAUCGAAAAAUCGCUAAGACUGGGCUUCUCAGCCACGAAUAAUGAGGUAGAAUAUGAGGCACUGUUGGAAGGAAUGUCUAUGGUCGAGAAACUGGGUGGGAAAUCCAUAAACAUGUUCUCAGACUUAAGACUUGUUGUAGGACAAGUAAAUGGGGAAUUAGAGGCACGGGAUGAAAGAAUGCAAGAAUACCUAGUCCAAGCCAAGCGCUUGCGGGCGCGUUUUAACUUUUUCAGCCUAAUGCAUGUAUCCAGGAGCAGAAACACCCAUGCUGAUUCUCUCGCCACGCUAGCCACCUUCUCGGUGCAAUGCCUACCUCAAGUUAUACUCGUGGAAGAUCUCCACAGGCCCUCGAUGGUGAAAAUCGGGUCGAUGCGUGUUCACAGUGUCAGGCCAGGGCCUAGCUGA